AUGUCGACUAUUUCUCAUAUUAGACACUUUUUCUUGUUGUUGAUUGCAAUUAAAACCAUUUAUUGUCAAACUGAUCCGACUAUUUGUCCCGAAGGAUCAAUUACAAAACCAGACGAUCCGCGAUGGCAUCAGAUACAUGGUCGAUUCGAAAUAUCCGGUGAAUAUGUUCUUAAUGAUGGAGCUUUUGAAGUUUCACAAGCAUUUACUCUUGGCCGCGAUGCGAUAUUUGUCACUAUUAAUGGUGUUCCAUUUCAACAUUACUAUAAUUUUGAAACAAAGGAAUAUUUCACACUUUCAACAUUAAUUCUUGAUCAAGCACCAGUACCUCUGUGUGCUAGAUCCAUAAUUACGGAUCAGUUUGCUACUAGUAAUAUAUCCGCCGGUGUUGUUAAACCAUCUAUCCUGUUAGGAUUUGACACGCACAAUAAACCAAAUGAAUUAUGGGCAACACGUCUCCUAGGUGAAGGAGUGAUACGUGGAAUACCCGUUGAUAUUUUUACUUCCUGUUUUUAUGUACCCGAUAUAAAAGCAACUAUUUCAGCUACUUAUUUUUAUAGCAACGUCACAAAAUUUGUUAGUAAUCUUGGACGAGGUCAACCCAUUUUAGUACGAAUCGAUGUCAAAAGUAUAGUUGCUGGUUCACGACAGGAUUAUACGUUCAACAUAUUUCGUUUUACACCACAUCCACGUAUGAACGAAGAAAUUCGUGCACUACAAACACCAUCAGGCUUUUUUUGUGAAAAUCGAACAAAUACAAAACAUUUACCAAGAGAUAUUCCCGAACGUUUAUCGGUGAAUAGUGAAGUUCAAUUUCCUGCGUGGAAUCACUCAAUUCUAAGUGGUCAUGAAAUGUACGACAAACAAUCAGAAUUUGUUCGUUUUGAUGCCUAUCUUGGUCGUUUUGGACAUUAUACAGAGAUACACGAUUAUAUAACUGGUUUAAAUUAUCGUUAUGAGCAUCGAACACAACGGUGUACAGUAACUGAUAUUACAGUUGGAUAUGAUGCCCAAGCGGCAGAGGGCCAGCCGAAUUUUGUUCGUAUGAGUGAUGGAUUAGAAUUUUUCCUAAUUGAAGGUUUACUCUUUCAUUAUACUGGUGUUCAUCGGUGUGGUGAGCGAAUCAACUGCCAUGUGUGGCUUGGUGAAAAAGUGUUAACUGGUGCAACAAAAGGUGUACAACGUCGUGAAUGGUAUUGGGCUUUUGAAGUAAACGGUUUUGAAUUACCAAAUAUGAUCCCAAUGAAAUUAAUUUUAACAGAUGUAGAUGAACGUGGUAGACAAACUCAAUUAACAGAAAUAAACAUGUACAAUUACAAUCGUAAUCCGAUAGCAACAUUUGAAGUUGAUUAUACACUCUCCGAAUGUUAUCGUGCAUUAGGACCAAAAAAGGGCUAUCAUUAUGGUGUUGUUAAGUUUACAAUUGAAAAUGAUAAGAACUAUCCUGUUCAAAAAAACAUUCAAUAUUUGCAAUUUACCAUAUGGUACACGCUAACAGUAUAUUUACAAUUGAGACCGGUGAGAAUUAGUAAUAUAAUUAUUGAUCAUGAAGAUAAAGAUCUAUUGGUAACAUUCACACUAUUGGAUGUACCACCGAAAUAUGGACCAGUUGAACAUCCGUUACAUGAACAUACAUUAGCAACACUGAUUGAACGUUUAGAAAGAAUGAUUAACAAUAAUUUAUUAGCAUUUCGAGCUAAAUAUGGUACAAAAGAAGUUGAAUUACGUGCUAGAAAAAAUUCAUUGGCUGCCAUUUUCACAAAUGAAAAAACGGUGAUAAAAUCAAGUGGAAUGCUUAUAACUGGUUUAUGGAUUGGAUUUUUGGUAUUCGGCAUUCUUAUUGGUGUUGGAGCAACAUUUAUUAUUGUUAAAAAGUACACAUCAAAUUGA